AUGACUGCGAGAAAGGAGAAAAAGGCAAUGCUGGGCGGCAGCAUCGAAGGCAUUGCCGUGCGCAACUCGGCCAGUUUCUUGAACUGGGGGGUGCUUCGUUCGGCUCUCCCGCCUCUCAAUUCCCGCGUUGUUGCUCUAACUCAGAAACUGGACUCUUCAGUGCAAAAGAAACAGAAAAAGACAGGAGCGAGAACUGCAGCAGAAGCGCGGCCAUCUGACCCACACCCCGUGUCUGCUGAAGCUGCUGCAGCGACGCCAGCAGCAGCAGCAGCAGCUGCAGCAGCUGCCGGCCCGCCAGAAGAAGAAAAGAAACCUACUUGCCUUUCCAAUGAUUCUUCUGGGCGCCCCGCGUAUCCGCUCAGCUGCAUUUACUGCCCCAAAGGCAUUUAUACCCACCGCUGGCGAGGGUCACCUGGCCUGUGA